UUUCCCGAAUGUUACAAUCUCUAACUCGACUCGACUGCCUCUCAGCAUCGUUCAAAUGUCGCUAACGCUCGACCUAAAAGACGUGUGCCGCGUCUGUUGGAACGCGUCAUCUCACAAGGCGAAACCUCAAUUGUCUCUCAUUCACCAGACCGGAGAGGACAAGAAGACAAAGCUCCGCGUCUGCCGCGUGUGCAAGCACGAAUGGAAGCCGCUGAGCGUGUGCAAGACGAGUGUCGGAAAAUUCGUCCAAAUUCGUCCGAUUCCGACGACGAAAGUGCGCGAAUACGAACUGUGCAACACGUUCAAGAAGGGCGCGUGCGUUAAGGGCUCGGCCUGCUCGUUCGCGCAUAGCCCCGAGGAACUCCAGGCGUGGAGUCAGACGAAGAGGGACGAACUUGUGAAAUUGGCUUCGCGGCCACGCCCCCAUCCGCCUCCCAAUUCGCCAGUAAUUGGUGAUCACAAGAUGUGCAUGCAUCUGUCGACGAACGGCACGUGCCCGUUUGGCAUGAAUUGCUACUAUGCGCACUCGAGGGAGGAGAUCGAGUUAUGGAACGAGCAUGUGAGGAGAGAGCAGGAGGAGGUGCCGAGGGUCGAGCCGACCGUGAAUUUGAUGAUUCGUCGACGACCUCCAUUGAAUUUUAACAAUACGUACAAACUGUGUAUGCACGUCGAGAAGGGAAAUCGGUGUGUGUUUGGCAACGGUUGUAUUUUCGCUCACAGUGUGGCCGAGCUCGAGGAAUGGAACAGACAGUUACGAGACGCGGCGAAACAGUCGAAGCUUAAAGUAGUUCCUAGUAAUCGACCGCCUCGGCAUACGAAGCAGAGAGGCAACGAUGUAAUGCCACGGCUUUUGCAGACUGAUAUGAUGUCAGGCUUUCCGCCGUUGACGUCGAACGAUUCAAUCGAAGCAAUUCCGUUGUCGAGAUCGGUGACUCCUGUGUGGACUAUGAGCGACGAAGUAGGUAACGACGAAUAUGAUGGCGGUACGGGCGAUCCGCUGUUUGUAGAGAUUGUGAGAGAAGAACUCGCGAACUCGGGGAUACAGAUUAAUGAGCUUGUAGAAAUGAAGCACGGUGUUGAUAUCAGCGAGAGUACCAAUAAGCCGCUGAGUUUGACGUGGUCGAGAGAAGAGCCGGUGGAGUGGUGUCUACGUAUAACAGUCACAGAUCCUCAGAUGUUGCAUAACGUCGUGUUACUUGAUGCUCGUUUCUCCGAAUUUCGUAUUUGCGGAGUCGACAUGUCGACGUCCGGCAAGCCAACGAAGCCGCUGCUCCAGAACUGCAACUUAAUGGGCAUUGCACUGCACAGACGCGUAAAUCCUAGAGACUAUGUUGAUAUCAAGGUUCUUUUUCGACCUUCUUCCGGGUUUUUCACUCAAACUGUGAUCUUCAAAUUUGAAGGAUUCUUCAUUGGCAGCGUGUUAGCUGUAAAAAUGUUAGACGAGGCUGGUGAGCUCGUUCUUGGUAACUCACCACCGGAUAUAGCACCAGUUAUUGUAACCGACCCAGACGUCUCAAGCAGGAGUUUGUUUUGGGAAGAGCAGUACGAGAUUAUUCCUUUCGAUGUUGAUGAAAAUGAUGUUACAACGAUGCCAGACUAUCCACUGCCCGAGGACAUUGAAGAGAAGUUGAGGAGUAGUGCUUUCGAUAACAUGGACAAGACAUUGACGAAGGAAAACUAUCGAGAUAAAAUGCACCAGCUGUUGUACAUUGAAGAGUAUCAGCAACGUAUGGACUUUAGUAGAUAUGACAUUUAUGAUGAGGUAUUACAGUUUGAGAAGAAGUUCGACUCGGAUGAUGGACAUAUAGAAGUUGCGAAUCUGGAUGAGUAUUUUGUUGAGUUGAAGUUGCAUGAAUUGCUAGUGGAGGGAGCGACUUCGAUACGACCAAACGACAUGGCAUUACUUAGACCGGUUGGACAACAUCAAGCUUAUCAGUGCAAAGUGCAUGCAGUAAUGCGGGAAAGAGUUCUGCUUCGUGUGAAGGAAUCAGCAGUAGUAGUGAUUCAAGCUAGAGGAAGUAAAGCUGACAUUCGAUUCACAUUGAAUCGAAAUCCGAUGCGCAUCAUGCAUCAUGCUCUCGACCUCGUUGCUCUGGAUGUUGUCUUUCCAGAUCCAAAUAGUAUGAAGCAUCCCGCACCAACACAAUAUCAGGAAACAGAAGCACUUCGUAUGAUGGAUGUAGUUCUAAAUCCGAACCAACAGCUUGUUGUACGUAGCAUACUGCAAAGCACUUACAGGAAGUUGCCUUCACUUCUUUGCGGACCUUUCGGGACAGGCAAGACACGAACGUUACAAGAGGCUCUGGUGCUGCUAAUAACAAACGUGCCAGACUCACGCGUUCUCAUCUGCACUCACUCCAAUAGUGCGGCCGAUCUCUAUGUAAAUAAAGUUCAUCAAGUAUGGCAAGAGAGAUAUUCAUGUCUGGCACCCGUAGUACGAAUCUACUAUAAAGAGAGGAAUCCGAAAACAAUAGGAACAGAUGUGUUGAAAUAUUGCUGGUCCGAGAAUGGUGUGCUUGGUGCUCCAUCGUUGAGUAGCCUCGAAAACUUUCGUGUUGUUGUGACGACAACAAUGACGUCGUACAGUCUGGUCGGUAAGAUACCCAACGGCUACUUCACACACAUUCUUGUGGAUGAAGCAGCGCAGGCGAUGGAAGCCGAAGCCGUGAUUCCACUAUCGACUGCCACUAGUUCAACUAAACUUGUUCUUGCAGGAGAUCCGAUGCAGUUGGAGCCUCCCGUGCAGUCGGACAUCGCACGUAAAUUCCAGUUGAACAGAUCGUUACUGGAGAGGUUAUACGAUAUGUCCGUGUACACGACAACUGUUGCUGGCAUUACAUGUAGAACAUCACUAAACGAGAACUACCGAUCAGUAAAAGAGAUUAUCGAUCUCGCAUCGAGUCUGUUCUAUAACAGUGAGCUCAAAGCAACUCGUUUGGAAAGCAGCUUUGUGAACGGUCUCGCUCCACUGAGGUUUGUCGGCGUAAAAGGAACCGAAGAGCAAGAUGAGGAUUCACCAUCGUAUUAUAAUAAUUUCGAGGCAACGGAAGUUGCUAACCAGGUUGUGGAAAUGGUAAGUAAAGGCUUGCUAGAGGAAGACAUUUGUGUCUUGUCGCCAUACAUGAAGCAAGUGCAACAUAUUCGAUAUAGACUCAGAAAGAAACGGUUGUCUGGGGUCAGUGUUUUUCGCACUGAAAAUGUUCAAGGCCUCGAAUACAAAGCUCUCAUCCUAUCGACUGUAAGAACGUGCACACAAGUACCUGAAGACAUCGGCACCGAGUCACUCGGCUUUCUCGCAAAUCCAAAACUGUUCAACACUGCGAUAACACGUGCUAAAGACUACUUGAUCGUCGUCGGUGACCCGUACACGUUGGCAUCUGUUGGACAAAAUCGCGGCUGCUGGAUUGAGUUUAUAGGACGAUGUCGACAUAUGAAGAGCUUUGUGUUUAAGGAUAACGACGCCUUUGAUCGUACGCUAGAGGCAUCCAUACAGACAAGACACUUGGCGCAGAGUGUACCUCUUACUUCUACACAACAGAAGCAGGCAAGUGCUGCACAUAUGAGUCUGGACAAAGAAGGGGGAGGCACUUCUUUGGGUAGCAGACCCAAGGCUUUGGACAUAUUGAGAAAAGCUCCGGAGAAGGCUCGUCGUAAGGUUCUAGCGGACAGGUUGUAUCCUCUGGUGAGGAAAUAUAAUGAGACUUAUGCUCAUCCUAUCACGGGCAAACUGAUUGGUCUGGCUAUUGAGGAAGUGUUUGAUCUGUUAAUAUCUCCAGAACUCCUUAUACGCAAAGUCCAGGAGCUAGCAACAGAGUUGAAAAGAGAUCGGGGGCAGUUGACGUCAGGCGAUGGUGCUUAUAACCACCAGACAAUAUCGUCGCAGGUGUCUCCUGCAGUGUCACGUACGGAAGUGACUGUGCCAGCAUCUAAUUCAAUGCAGACUGUCGUAAGCACUCCUUCUGAACCAGUUGGACCGUCGGUAACUACCAGCACGCCACAAGGCCAUGAACAAGAUGCAGUUGCGUCGUCUGGUGUACAAACACAAGGUCAAGCCGUCAUAUGGUUACUUCAGAUGCAGCUUGAUUGUCUCAACGAGCACGAGCGUCAGUUGCGUGCCGAGCUACAGCGGAUUCGAUCGAUUUGGCCGUUCCAGUCUUCAAAGGAAGAAGAACUUUUACAACAACAACUCAAGUUACUGAUGCAACAGAAGGCGGCCAUCCAGAAACAAUACAAUCUGUACAAAGACUAUCUCAUUCAACUGAAGACGAGAGACGAAGAGCAGGACCAGCAUCAAUCGGCUCCGCUGUCGACGCAAGAAAUGCCAUCGGUUACGCUUGCGCCAGCUACUUUGCCGCCACCUCAGCAGCCUGUGUAUAGCGCGGUGCAAGGAAGUAUGGCAGUUUCGACAGCGGUUCCUCUCUUAAUGCAGCAGCAUUCGGUUGUCAAGCCAUCAGCAGCCAGCUUUCAGGUACCUAAACUCGGAACAAGUAUUGGUCAGCAAACUGGACACCCAUCACAGGUCCCAAGCGGUGUGUGGAGCAUGCCACAACAGGUGACACUACCCGCUGUCGCUCCCUACAGACCAACUCCUACCACCAACAUGCAGCCUCACAUGAUGCUACACGCACAACGAGCAGUAUCUACGACCAUUGCUCAUCCUCCUCAAGCCGUCGGUCACCCAGGAGCCAUCGGUACCGGACGCCAACCACUAAUUCCUACAAAUCCAUUUAUGAUGCCAAACACAAGAUACGAAGUUCCGUUUCAAUACUACACACCUCAGUCUCCAGCUGUGAGACCUCAGUUUUCUGAUUCGCUGUAUUCUCCCAGUGGCUCUCAUCAGCACCACCAGUUUUAGGUGUACACAUGACAUGGUGGCUCGUAUGACAUACAACUGUGUUGCAGUUUUGUAAUCUCGUCGUCUAUAGCUUCGUUACGUUUGUGAUUAUUUUUUCUUUUUGAGUGUGGGGUUAAUAUGGGAUGUGCCGUGCCGUCGAUCGACUCAAUAAUGAAUUGUGCUGUUUUGUGCACAGACUGUGUUGUCGACGGGACGUUUUGAUGUACAUAACAACAUGUAGUGACAUUGGUGUGCCAGUGUUUUAUUGUGAGGCGAUAGAGAAGACAUUCACACACGUUUGUCUGCUAUUUUGUGUUUGGUCUGUUUGAUGUGUGUGCAUCUGUUUGUAUGCGUGUUGGUCCAGAGACUGUCUUGCUGCUUAUGUGUCAGUACAUGUAUGCUUACUGCGAUCGUGUUGUGACAUCACAGUGUUGAGCAUGCAUAAUUAACACGUGGUGUGAUUUAUAACAUAUAAACUGUAUGUCUUAUUAAUUCGAUUGAUGCCGUUUUGUGACGGGAUUGACAUGAAACAUCAUCAAUAGAACUUAUUGAUUUCAAGUUGACAAGAAAGUAGGCAACAUGAGAGACUGAUUAUGCUUGAAUACUUGAGAAUGGUUGUGACCGAAUCUGGCAAACCGUUGUAGUCAGAAUUUUUAGAAACGACAAGCCAUGUCUGCUAAACAAAGACAUGUAACCUUUUCUUUGAAUUCUCUAAAUACAGAGAUUGUAGAAUCGACUGCUGUGUAGCUAUAGAGGUCCACACUGCCACCGGAUGGUAAGAAAUUGUUGACAUUUAGAACACAAAA